AUGCUUGAACCCGGAAGUGACAGUGUUUUCUCAAAACACGUGCGAAUAACGCUGUUCCCGUCCCGCUCCAACAUGGCCACAACUACUUGUAACGUGGACGAGCUCCUCGCCCAAGCGGAGCGCGAUGAGGCGGAGAAGCUCCGCAGUAUCGCCGUGGACAAGGAGCUAGAGCUGGACUUCGAUUUGGGUAACCUGUUGGCAUGCGACAAGAACCGCGUGGAGCGUCGCAAUUUGGCCGAGGAGAAGGACGAGUUUCUCCGCUCGCUAGCCCGCGAUAACACGCAGCUUCUUAUCAACGAGCUGUGGAAGCUUCCCACGGAGAGGCUCCAGGAGGCCGUGGUCGCCAAACUACCCGAGCCGACGACCUCCUUACCCCGGGAAAAGCCACCGCCCAAGCCCAAACCUCCGACGAAGUGGGAGCAAUUCGCCAAGCUAAAAGGCAUCCAAAAGAAGAAGAAGACCAACUUGGUGUGGGACGAGACGGCCAAAGAGUGGCGGCGACGCUGGGGCUACAAGCGAGCCAAGGACGACACCAAGGAGUGGCUGAUCGAGGUCCCGGAAACCGCCGACCCCAACGAAGACCAGUUUGCGAAACGCGUGGCGGCCAAGAAGGAGCGGGUUGCCAAGAACGAGUUCAACCGGCUGCGCAACAUCGCCCGCGCGCAGAAAAUCAAAGUGCCCGGCGUGGGUCUUGCGCCCGUCGCCCAGCAGUCCAAAGACGAGCUGGUUCGAGCCGCUGGCGUGGCGCGGACCUCCACCGCCUCCGUGGGGAGGUUCCAGGAGGGGCUUCCCAAGGAGAAAACACCCAAAUCCACCGGCAAGAAGCGCAAGUUCCAGCCACUCAUCGGCGACUUUUCCUCAGAAAAGACAAAGCAAUUGGAGCUCCUCAAGUUGAUGGACACCAAGAGGCCCAAACUGGACGUCACCAAAGCCGUUAACAAGCAGAUGAGGGAGGAAGACCGAGAGGCGGCCGCAGCCAAAAGCGCCAAGAGGGGUGGCAGGAAGGGACGGCGAGAUCAUGCGCCGGCUGGCGGCAAAGGAAAAGGCAAAGGCAAGAAGGGCGCUCGGGGAGGGAAACCCCAGCGAGGAAAAGCUCCAAUGGGAAAGAAGUCCAAACCUGGCAAGCGAUGA